AUGGAUAUCCUUUUUCUCCCCAGGAGACGGCUGCAAGUGACCAGGACCAUUCCCAAAACAGGCCCAGAUGGCCAGACUGCCAUGCACAGAGCUGCAGCUACGGGAGAUGUUCAUACAUUGAGAGAACUGCUCGGCAGAGGCUAUGAUACUCGCAUCGAAAAUCGCUGGGGAAAGACACCCCUCCAAGUUGCCUUUUCCUGGAAGAAAGAGGCUGCAGCAGAGGUCCUAGUGGAAGCAGACACACAAGUUGACCUUCAGGACGAAGACGGGAUGUUUCCUCUGCAUUCUGCCGCAAGGAAUGGAUUUGUUCGAGUGAUGGAGAAGCUCAUUGCCGCAGGUGCAGGGACUCGUGUCAAAGAUCGAAAGGAAAAGACGCCCCUCCAUUGGGCCCUGUCUUCCGAGAAAGAGAUCGCCGCAGAGUUGCUCGUGAAUGCGGACAGUGAAGUAUGCUCGCUAGAUUCGGACGGAUGUGCUCCUUUGCACCUUGCGGCAAUGCACGGAUAUGUGGGAGUAGCUAGAAAACUGCUCAGCGCUGGUGCGAAUAUUGAUAGACAUAGUAUGUCAAUCUAA